AUGAUUGCCCAGCUUGCAUACCUUCAAUAUGAUGUACCGACUCUAGUCACCACAGCAUGCGCCCUACUGAUCCUGCGCUAUCUACUCAGGGCUCUUUUCGACCCCUUGCGUGAUGUCAAAGGCCCAACGUUCGCACGAUACACACGUCUAUGGGAAAUUUACAAUAACUGGCAAGGACAACUUGAACAUGUCACGGUCGCUCUACAUAAACAAUAUGGUUCUAUUGUCCGGCUAGCACCCAACCGUUACAGCAUUAGUGACCCGUCGGCAAUUCGCACCAUUUACGGCACCGGCUCAAAGUUCAGUAAAUCGGAUUACUAUAUUCCCUUCGGUGCGCCCAUAGACCACAAGGAUGUCUUCUCAGAGACAAGCAAUGAGAAACAUGCGUCAGAACGCAGGAAAAUCUCCAAUAUGUACGCCAUGAGCUCUUUGGUGUCCUACGAGCCAUUCGUAGACAAAGUGAACGGCCAAUUCAUGGCCGCGUUGGCCGACCAUGCCCAGCGUGGUCGGGCGCUCGAUUUGUUCACCUGGAUGCAAUUCUACGCAUUCGACGUCAUCGGUGAGAUCACCCUCGGGCGAUCGUUCGGCCUACUCGAAGCCGGCCACGACAAGGACGGACUUUUGCGUGCUGUCCAUGUCGGCUCCAUCAGUUACGGUUCUAUGGUGGGGCUAAUUCCUAAAAUCCAUCCCUGGUAUCUCUGGCUUCAGAAAGUUUUGCCCAUCGAGAGCCACUGGAAAGUGACGCAACGUGUUAUAUUGAGAGAGAUUGGUGCCAGGUUGGAGGGAGUCAGUACCAGCGAUCGCAAGGACUUCCUAGCCAAGUGUGUCGAAUUGAGCAAAGCUGGAAAGCUGGAUCAGUCCACAACCAAUAAUGUGCUUGGUAUGAACAUUGGCGCUGGCUCUGACACAACUGGGAUUAGCAUGAGUGCUAUCAUCUACUUCCUAAUGAAGCAUCCGAGCUGCUUACAGAAGCUCCGCGAUGAAAUUGAGACAGCUGAUAGGCAAGGAAAUCUCUCUAACCCCGUUACUUUCCAAGAAGCUCAGAAGCUUCCAUACCUGCAGGCCACCAUUAAGGAAGCCUUGAGAUUGCAUGCGGCAGUCGGCCAGAUUCUUAGCAGAGUGGUCCCUGAUGGUGGUGCACAGAUUGCUGGCAGACACUUUCCACAAGGUACUGUGGUGGGCGUAAAUGCAUGGGUGGUCCAUAGCGAUGAAAACAUCUGGGGCAAAAAUGCGCACGAGUUCCGACCUGAGCGUUGGCUGGUUGAGAAAGAGCAACUUGCCUUCUUGGAUCAAAAUUAUUUGGCAUUUGGCGCCGGUUCAAGAACAUGCAUCGGCAAAAAUAUCUCACUCCUCGAAAUGACAAAACUUUUACCUCAGCUCGUUCGGCGUUUUGACUUUGUCCCUGCUGGCGACAGCGAAUGGACGACUACUAGCGGGUGGUUUGUUAAGCAAAAUAUUCAAGUAAAAGUCAUUGACAGAGAACGUGCGACCAACAUGUCUAUCAGCUCCUAA